GGCGGCGGCGGCGGCGGUGGCGGCGGCGGCGGUGGUAGUGGUGGCGGCGGCGUUGGGGGCGGCGACGGCGCCCGGGCAGCAGCGGCAGCGGCACCGGCAGCACUGAGCAGGGUGAGACGGCCGCGGUGGCGGCAGCUCGGGAUCGGGCGGCGCCUGGAGCUUCCCGCCCGUUGCUGGCGCUAGGCCCCUCGGCUCUCCUCCGCCCGCUCCUCCUCACGGCCCUGGCUGGGUCCCGGCAGCGCGCCCCCGGGGAGGGCGGAGCCGUAGAUAUGGUGUAAGCUAUUUCUUCAAGAUUGGGCAGCUGAGGACCUGGUAUUUCUGAUUAGCCUUCAGCAGACUUAUAGCCAUAGAGAAACCUCACAGAGUUCAGUAUUUUGUUUUCUGCUUUACACCUUUCCUGGCACCUGAAUUCAUCUUGCAACCAUGUAUGGAAGUGCUCGCUCAGUUGGGAAGGUGGAACCAAGCAACCAGAGCCCUGGGCGAUCACCUCGGCUUCCACGUUCCCCUCGCUUGGGUCAUCGUCGAACCAAUAGUACAGGAGGGAGUUCUGGAAGCAGUGUCGGAGGUGGCAGUGGGAAAACCCUUUCAAUGGAGAAUAUCCAGUCCUUAAACGCUGCCUAUGCCACUUCUGGCCCUAUGUACCUAAGUGACCAUGAAAAUGUGGGUUCGGAAACACCUAAAAGCACCAUGACCCUUGGCCGUUCUGGAGGACGUCUGCCUUAUGGUGUGAGGAUGACUGCUAUGGGCAGUAGCCCCAAUAUAGCUAGCAGUGGGGUUGCUAGUGACACCAUAGCAUUUGGAGAGCAUCACCUCCCUCCUGUGAGCAUGGCAUCCACCGUUCCUCACUCUCUUCGUCAAGCAAGAGAUAACACAAUCAUGGAUCUGCAGACACAGCUGAAGGAAGUAUUAAGGGAAAAUGAUCUCUUGCGAAAGGAUGUGGAAGUAAAGGAGAGCAAAUUAAGUUCUUCAAUGAAUAGCAUCAAGACCUUCUGGAGCCCAGAGCUGAAGAAAGAACGAGCCCUGAGAAAAGAUGAAGCUUCCAAAAUCACUAUUUGGAAGGAACAGUAUAGAGUUGUGCAGGAGGAAAACCAGCACAUGCAAAUGACAAUCCAGGCUCUCCAGGAUGAAUUGCGGAUCCAGAGGGACCUGAACCAGCUGUUUCAACAGGAUAGUAACAGUAGGACUGGUGAGCCUUGUGUGACAGAGCUGACGGAGGAGAACUUUCAGAGGCUGCACACUGAGCACGAGCGGCAGGCCAAGGAGCUGUUCCUCCUUCGAAAGACUCUGGAGGAGAUGGAGCUGCGGAUUGAGACGCAGAAGCAAACCCUGAACGCUCGGGACGAAUCCAUCAAGAAGCUUCUGGAGAUGUUGCAGAGCAAGGGGCUUUCUGCUAAGGCUACUGAGGAGGACCAUGAGAGAACAAGGAGACUGGCAGAGGCAGAGAUGCACGUCCACCACCUCGAAAGCCUUUUGGAGCAGAAGGAAAAAGAGAACGCUCUGUUGAGAGAGGAGAUGCAUCGGAGAUUUGAGAAUGCCCCCGAUUCUGCCAAAACUAAAGCUCUGCAAACCGUUAUCGAAAUGAAGGAUUCAAAAAUUUCCUCUAUGGAGCGUGGGCUCCGAGACUUGGAAGAGGAGAUUCAGAUGCUGAAAUCGAACGGGGCUUUGAGUACUGAAGAACGAGAGGAAGAAAUGAAGCAAAUGGAAGUCUAUCGGAGCCAUUCUAAAUUUAUGAAAAACAAGGUAGAGCAACUGAAGGAGGAGCUAAAUUCGAAAGAGGCUCAAGGGGAGGAGCUGAAAAAGAGAGCGGCUGGUCUUCAGGCCGAGGUCUUUGCCAUUGGUCAGGUGAAGCAGGAGCUGUCCAGAAAGGACACAGAACUACUAGCCCUACAGACAAAGCUAGAAACACUCACCAACCAGUUCUCAGACAGCAAGCAACACAUUGAAGUGCUGAAGGAGUCCUUGACUGCUAAGGAGCAGAGGGCUGCCAUCCUGCAGACCGAGGUGGAUGCUCUGCGGUUGCGUUUGGAAGAGAAGGAAACCAUGCUGAAUAAGAAGACAAAACAAAUCCAGGACAUGGCUGAGGAGAAGGGGACACAAGCUGGAGAGAUCCAUGACCUCAAGGACAUGCUGGAUGUGAAGGAGCGGAAAGUUAAUGUCCUUCAGAAGAAGAUUGAAAAUCUCCAAGAGCAACUUAGAGAUAAGGAAAAGCAGAUGAGCAGCUUGAAGGAGCGAGUCAGAUCCUUGCAGGCUGACACCACCAACACUGACACCGCCUUGACUACUUUGGAGGAGGCCCUUGCCGAGAAGGAGCGGACAAUCGAACGCUUAAAGGACCAGCGGGACCGAGAUGAGCGAGAAAAGCAGGAGGAAAUUGAUAACUACAAAAAAGAUCUUAAAGACCUGAAAGAAAAAGUCAGCCUAUUGCAAGGCGACCUCUCAGAGAAAGAGGCUUCACUCUUGGAUCUGAAAGAGCAUGCUUCUUCCCUGGCUUCCGCAGGACUGAAAAAGGACUCACGGCUUAAGACACUAGAAAUUGCUUUGGAACAGAAGAAGGAAGAGUGUCUGAAGAUGGACUCGCAGUUGAAAAAGGCACACGAGGCAGCACUGGAAGCCAGAGCCAGUCCAGAGAUGAGUGAUCGAAUACAGCAAUUAGAGAGAGAGAUUGCCAGGUACAAAGAUGACUCUAGCAAGGCCCAGGCAGAAGUUGACCGCCUCUUGGAAAUCUUGAAGGAGGUGGAAAAUGAGAAGAAUGACAAAGAUAAGAAGAUUGCUGAGUUGGAAAGGCAAGUGAAAGACCAGAAUAAGAAGGUAGCAAACCUGAAGCACAAGGAGCAGGUGGAGAAGAAGAAAAGCGCGCAGAUGCUGGAGGAGGCCCGGCGCAGGGAGGACACCCUCAGCGACAGCUCCCAGCAGCUGCAGGACAGUCUCCGUAAGAAGGAUGACAGGAUUGAAGAGCUGGAAGAAGCACUAAGAGAAAGUGUACAGAUAACUGCAGAGCGAGAGAUGGUGCUGGCACAGGAGGAGUCAGCCAGGACCAGUGCUGAAAAACAGGUGGAGGAGUUGCUGAUGGCCAUGGAGAAGGUAAAGCAGGAGCUGGAGUCCAUGAAGGCGAAGCUGUCCUGCACUCAGCAGUCGCUGGCAGAGAAGGAGACUCAUUUGACCAACCUUCGGGCCGAGAGAAGAAAACACUUAGAGGAAGUUCUGGAGAUGAAGCAGGAAGCCCUUCUGGCCGCCAUCAGUGAAAAAGAUGCCAAUAUAGCUCUUUUGGAGCUUUCAUCCUCGAAGAAAAAGACCCAGGAAGAAGUGGCUGCCCUGAAGCGGGAGAAGGACCGGCUCGUGCAGCAGCUCAAGCAGCAGACACAAAAUCGGAUGAAGCUCAUGGCCGACAAUUAUGAGGACGACCACUUCAGAUCCUCCCAUUCCAGUCAAACCAAUCAUAAACCCUCCCCAGACCAGAUCAUCCAGCCCCUCUUAGAACUUGACCAAAACAGAAGCAAACUAAAGUUGUACAUUGGACACCUGACAGCCCUCUGCCAUGACCGAGACCCCCUGAUUCUUCAAGGACUCACUCCACCAGCUUCCUAUAACUUGGACGAUGACCAGGCAGCAUGGGAGAAUGAGCUGCAGAAGAUGACCCAGGAACAGCUUCAGAACGAGUUAGAGAAGGGUGAGCGGGACAACUCAGAGCUACAGGAGUUUGCCAACGCCGUCCUGCAGCAGAUAGCAGACCGCUGCCCUGACAUCCUGGAGCAGGUGGUCAGCGCCCUGGAAGAGUCAUCGUGACCGUCUCCGUGGGGAGCGGCCAGCCCAGUACCGUAGCCCGCUCGAUGAGCCCAGGAGCCGAGGAGGGAGAAGCACGAGGAGGGGGCACUCAGACGGCUCUUGGCAGCAAGCACACACUCCAGACUCUGCCCUGUCUCGGUUAGUCCCGCGAGUGUGGCUCCAGCGCCGUUUCUGCGUCUGUCCUCCUGUCUUCCACUGUUGUCUCUGCGCUAAUUGUCCUGCUGUCCAGGGCGGGUGAGUGGCCGAGCCUCCGUGGAGAGCUGCCAUCCAGCCAUCGGCAGUGACACCGUGGACGCGGGCGGCUGUGCCCUGACAGAGGACACAGGGCAGAGCCCUCCUCCCUUCUGUCCGUGGCGUGAGAACUAGGUCUGGACUCUGCAGAGCUCAGCUCACCGAGAGACGCCUUCCCUGCAGACCAGGGCGCCGCGUGUUCUAAUGUCACAACAGGUGCUUUCUCGUAAAAGGGUAAAAAAGACAAAAAACAAUCUCAAAAAGAGUAUUAAAAAAGGAGACGGCGGGGAGAGAGAACAGGGACAGAGAGCCGACCGGCUCUUCUCUUUCCCAUCCGUCCUGGUUACUCUCCACCAGGGCCGUCUGUGCGGGACUGCGGGCAGGCUGCGCCAGGGCUUGGAGAUCCUGGCCUCCGUGCCGCACUGGUGCCUGCACUUCUCCUAGCCUCUGGGGCGAGUCCCUCUUGUUGAGGACCUUGGUGUGUCAGAUCACAUCUGUCACUGAAAGAGAAGAGGGCAGUGUGGUCACCCCUGCAGCUCUGCUUCUGUGGAAGGCGACCGGUCCUCGGGGUCAGGCCGGCUUCUCCCAGACACCUCCCUCGUCAGCAGUCUAGGCCCCAAAGCGUGCUUCUGCCUCACCCCACCGCCCGUGCUCCACGCUCAGGCGGCCCAGCCUCCCCCCUUCAGCUUUCCUGCUGAACCAGAGCUUCUGCUUCGGAUGAGUGUUUCUCUUCCCACGCGCAUCCCUUCCCCCUUUCUUGCAUUCGGAUAAUCGCUAUGAAGUGCCUCCUGUGUGCAAGCCGCUGUCGGGCGCCCAUCCUGGAAGAAAGCCUGUCUGCGGGGGGCGAGGGCAGUCGAGGAUUCUGUGAGACCCACCUGGUCCAGUCAGAGGGGCACCCAUCCUGGAAGAAAGCCUGUCUGCAGGGGGCGAGGGCAGUCGAGGAUUCUGUGAGACCCACCUGGUCCAGUCAGAGGGGCACCCAUCCUGGAAGAAAGCCUGUCUGCAGGGAGCGAGGGCAGUCGAGGAUUCUGUGAGACCCACCUGGUCCAGUCAGGGCAGUAAGAGGCACACCCUUCCCCUCCCCCAUCUUAGUAGACGGUAUCUCUUCCAGGAAAAUCUUCCACAGAUCAGCAUUUCUCGUUAUAAUGGAAUUUAUCGGUCUUGGGGGGCAGAGAGCUGAGUCACUUACUCGCCUGCAGAAUCCCAUCUGGUGACUUGGGGUUCGGGGUUUUGUCCCCCUGAGAGAGUGUACUGUUUAAUGGGCUGCAACGGUGGAUGGUGUUUUCUCUAGACAUCCAGGUGCACCUUGUCGAACUCAGCCAGGUCCAUGUUGCAGAACAGAAAAUUGACCCCAAAGUUGCAAAUCCCGUGGAAGGUGUGGACGUCUUCCCCAGGCGUAGAUAAUGGCAGCCUUAAACAUCAGGCAGCAGGAAGUAGAUCACUUCACCCAGCUCGGUAGCCCCUUGACCACCUCUCUGGCCAGACACCCACCAGACGCUCACAUCCUGGUAAGAGUUGCUGGGCUCGAUGGGUCUGUCUUGCGUUUUCUCCUUUCUCCUUCCCAAGUUCUCCGAUGCUGCCUGUUAGGUCCUCACAGCCAUCAGUCCUGUAUCUUCCCGCCAGCGGCCUGUGACUGUACCAUUAACUUAUAUGGUCACAUCUCCAGCUGCCCCGACUCCCUGUGAGAAGCUGUCGAGUACUCCUUACCGAAGGGUUAAAUGGACUCUGAUCGUAAAUUUCUUACUGAGAUGCUUCCUGAUAGCCAGGCUGGCUGGAGAGGGGGUGCAGCGGAGGUUAGACAGCAAGUGGUGACCGUUUGUGGUCAAUUACCUCAGUCCCGUUUGUUUACGGCACUGCCCAUAAAUCAUGUAGAAAGCCCCCAGGAUUUUAGGGCUGGAGUCCGGGAAUCUCACACUGUCCACCACAGAGCAAGAACUGCGGUAGAAAGACACCCUCCCCGGGACCACAGCAAACAGGGAACAGGACCCAGAGGCCACGUGCAGAGCAGCGGCGGGCCUGGCCAGCUUCUCUCUAGCUGGUCUCCCGGGUCCCGCUGAUUCCACGUCACCCAUCAGAUUCCACCCCUGCCACCUGCCCUCCUGCCUGCUCUCCUUCCUGUGGCUUCCCCUCCAGCGCCUUAUGGGAUUCCUCUGGGCAAGUGCUUCUGAGAAGAGCAGUUUCUGGGCAGACGCCAUCUGUCUGUCUCUGAAGCGUAGCGGGACUCUCCUCAGUGCUUCUUGGGUGGUCGUCCUGGCAUCUCAGAUGGUUCUAGGGGCUGUUGGGUCCUGGAUGAAAGUCGGCUCUGGCUAAAGUUUAAUAGUGAACAAGGACCUGCCUUUAUACCACAGGCAAAGUUAACAUAGUUUUUAGCAUUUAGAGUGUCUUACGAAGUUUAGGUCAUUCACUGAGCCAGCAUUUGCUAAAUGCACAAUUCCCAUCACACGGGAUCUGUGGUUCCGUGACCAUUUCUGGUAUUCAUGGUUUCACAAGUUCAUGCAGCUGCUACCGAGGAUCUGUAACCUUGAAAACUCACUGCGGGUUACCUGUGAUGCUCACCAAACUCCGCCAUCCCAUUGGCAAGUCUCGUUCCCCUUAGCACCUGCAGCUCUGUACCCAGAUCAAAGUCAUCAUGAAGGGGGAAGCAAGAGGGAGAGUGGGUGGCAUCCGCCCUGGGGCUCAGGACAGAAGAAGGACAAUGCGACCGUGUCCUCUUCCCAUGUACCUCCAUCCCAAGCAUUCACUGAGCUCUUGAUGCAGUGUCUGGACUGAGAUUUGCAAGGACUUGGAUACCGUUUGAAAUGGAAAAGAUUUUAAGUGGGCUUUAACAUGUGAAGAAAUGGGAACGGGAAUCCCCAAAUCCAUCUCGGCUCUAACCUUGACCGUGUACCUUACCAUCCGAAGGCGCCUCUCUUCCUGACACUUGGGCUUUAGAAAUACUAGUGAAGCAGACGGGACCCGAGGCACCUCCAGGGUGGUUGGAGGCGACGGGGCUCGGCCCUGUGUGUCCAUAAAGGCCUGUGGGGUUUUCCGCAGGAGCCACCGGCUCACCCGCUCCUCAGAGGGAGAGGAGAAGAGGAGGUCGUCGUCAAGUUUUGGCCGAUGGCUGGUGGUCAGGAUCGGCGUUGGGAUUGGCUGCUGGAGUCCUGCUGAUCCCGCCCGCGCGCCUUCCUGUGGAGCCCACUGUGUAAGCACAGGCCCACGGGUGGCCUCGGGGCCGUUGAGGCAAGAGCAGCGGAGGAGGGCGUGGCCAUGCAGACGUGGCCCUCGAGUGGUUUUUCCCGAGUCCCCACGGACCCUGCGUCCCGCCCCCGCAGCUUCGUCUCCCACCGGCGGGAGCCCAGGGCUGCGGGAGGGGAGGGGAGGGCGUGGGGGGCUGCGGGAGCGGGCAGCUGGGCCGAGCAGACCUGGGCCCACCCGCACUGCCGGCCCCGGCUUCUUGGCAGGGACGCACCGUCAGAUAAGUGUCUUCAGAGGAAUCUGGUGUUUCCCCCACGUGAACUAAGGGAACAUUUGGGCAAGAAGAAGACAUCCAGGGGAAUCCUUCUGAACAAAAUGGCUGUCUUACUCUUUUUAAGCAAAAACUUUCCAAACUUUUUAGUGUCAAAACUGUAACCAAGUGUCUCCUGGGUUUUUCCAACGUGUUUGGCGAGUGCUGUGACCCUGUUGUAGGUAUUUCUCCUCCUGACUCUUGGGGGAGAGGUGGUUUUAGGGAUUGAUUUGGGGGGAGUGGUUUUUUGUCCCACACCCACCUCCUCUUUUGUUUCUCUGCUUGUCGAUGUUGUCUGUGUGGUUCAGAGAAUUGGGGCGGUUACCUUGUGUCCACUGUUGAGUUUAUUAAGAUAUUACAAAGUAGUUGUAGGACUGAAAAAUUAAAGAGCUGUGUUUUAAAAAAAUCCCUCCAAUAUCAUGUUAAUAAAGGAAUUCAAGCUAUGGGGCAGCCAGGCUCCUUCCAUCCCCCCGAGUUGGCUGGGAUGGCAGCUGAGCUGGCCUCUGGGGAAACACGGUGGCCAUGGUCCAGGCAGGCGACCACCCAGGGAAGGAGGCAACCGCUGAGUUAGGGGAACAGGCUCCUGGGCCCCGGUUUGCCCAUCCACCUUCAGGACCUCUGCGGGGUGUUUCCAGAUCUGUGAGCCCACACUGGCCGCAGCCCCGUGUGCCGGAUGCUGUGUGGUCACUUGGGCCUGGCGCCGGACCUCUUCCUGCCCACUUGGUGCUAUAUCAUCCCGUGGCCCAUCCAAGACGGGCCGAGCCCCGGCCAGCCUGGAGCCUAUGAUCUGGAUGGGGGAGUCCUCCUCAGAGCCCAGUUCCUUUGGCUUCAGUUCCUGGAUCCUUUCCCUGAAAGCUUUUUAGAGCCCAGGUCUCCCAGGCCCAGGCCAUCCGUCUGGGCCCUAGCAGUGGCCUGGCCAGGAAAGGAGGUGGCCCCUGCCAAAGCCAGAGAGCCCCCCGGGCUGGGGCAGCCCCCCACCCUCCCACAGCAGUAUUGUGCUCUCCACCUCUGCACGGUGGACCCCUGGGGGCGGCCCGGGGCCUUCGAACCCCGUGGGUGUGCAGCGGGCUCCGGCUGCUCCAGAGGGAGAGCUGCCCUUUGAUGAGGCCCCAGGGCGCUGGGCACUGACCCCCUGUAGCUUGAGUUCCUUCUGGCAGCAGUAGCUGCUGAGGGGUGGGGUCUGUGAGCGAACGCACCGCUGCCUCCAGCUGUGCACCUGCCCCGUCGUGCGGCUGACACGAUCAUGACGUUACAGAGAAACUGAAUUAGAGUCGGAUUUGCCUUGAUAAUUAUUGUAAACACUUUGUUCGUUUUUUUUCUUUUUUAUUCACAAACUAAAUCCAUCAGGAAAUUAUAAAGUUAUUUAAAAAUCA